UCCUCCCCAGCUGUAUGUAUAAGUCCCUAAUCAAGCUGUCCUUGCAUCAAAGGACAGCUCGGGGGACACGGAGCAGCACCCACAGCAGCAGGAUGGCUCACGGCAUCUUGGGGCUCAUGCAGCCCUUGCGGAGGGGACUGAACGCGAGCAAAAUUCGCCUCAUUUUUCUCUGUGGUGUGACUGAGCAGCACCACAGCCCAGCAAAGUGGUGGCCAGAAAGAGGCUUCAGCUCCACACAUGGGUCCCAGGAUGCCCCUGGGGAAUCAAGCUCUGAGGAUCGGGUGACAGUGCAUUUUAUAAAUCGGGAUGGAGAGCGACUUACAACCACAGCCAAAGAAGGGGAGACUUUGCUGGAAGUGGUAGUCAAUCACAACUUGGCCAUUGAUGGAUUUGGUGCCUGUGAAGGGACAUUAGCCUGCUCUACCUGUCACCUCAUCUUUGACAAGGACGCCUUCCAAAAGCUUGAUGCCAUCUCAGAUGAAGAGCUGGACAUGCUGGACUUGGCAUAUGGACUCACUGACACAUCGCGCCUUGGCUGCCAGGUGUGCGUUAAGAAGUCGAUGGAUGGUCUGACAGUGAGGGUCCCCAUGGAUGUGUCAGACAUCAGGAAGCAGCAGGAGGUUGGAAAGCAAAGCAAACAGUAACUGGAAACGAUUGCUGCACAGCUUACAUUCUCAUUUAGGCGUGGCAGCGUACUUAGCUUUUGGUUGGCACUCUUGCUUUUUGUGGCUGGCUUGCAGUAGGCCAUAAAGGUCUGAUUCACUAUAAAAGGUGUGUUUGGAAAAUCUCUUAUUUAAACAAGGCAUCAUGCUUAAUAGGUAUUUUAAGUGCUUAAAUGCUCUGCUGAACACAAUUGGAUUAAAGUGUAUGGCUUUAUAUUUCCCUGGGUGGGUGUCAGUAAAUACCUCUGCUGUAUGUGACUCACUUUCUCCUUUGAAAUUUAAGAAUUCUGCUAUUCUGAGGAACUGCUGAGAAUUUUGCAAGGCUGAACUCUUUAAAGGUGGAGCAGACUUUUCCAGUUUGGGAAGAUUAGGAAGAGAUUGCUGUUUGCAGGUCAGUGAUGGGCUGGAUGAUAUGGGUGACUUCAGUUUGGCCAGCAAGAGCAUACUGAGGACAUUUGUGUGCUGACAGUUCCUGUAAGCAGUAACCACUUCUACAAGCUUGAGAUGUUUUAGGUGCCUGAAUUGUUCUGUUCUGGGAGCAGCCACUUUCAAAUGUUAAAUUUUCUUAUUGCUGUACUAUCCCCCACAUCAAAUAAAAUUCUUAUAAUGA